AUGGGCAAACAAAGCGCAAAAAAUAAAAAGGCUUUGGCGAAUUCGAAGACAAUUGCUGCUCAACAAAAAGAAAAUUCUAGCUUUAAGCAGAAUCCGUACCUCAAAACACCAAUCUAUGACCUUUUGCACGUUUUUGAGAGAGCCCCAGACCAAUGGGCAGCCAGAUAUAUAUUGAUUCUCAGUGCCAUUCUUUUAAGAAGCGCUGUUGGUCUUGGUCCGUGGUCUGGUAAGGGCGAAAAACCAAUCAAUGGUGAUUUCGAGGCUCAAAGGCAUUGGAUGGAAAUCACAAUUCAUUUACCGAUCAAAGAGUGGUACUUUUACGAUUUGCAGUAUUGGGGUCUUGAUUACCCUCCAUUAACUGCUUAUCACCUGUGGGUCUUUGGUAAAUUGGGCAGCAUGAUAGAUUCUAGUUGGUUUGAGCUUGACAAGUCAAGGGGGAUUGAGACGUCUGCGAUCAAGACGUUCAUGAGAUACCUGAGUUUGAUCAGCGACCUCGUGGUAUUUAUUCCAUCCGUACUUCAAUUAGUGUCAUUAUUGGGCGGAAAGAAACUCAAUCUAGGCAGAAUGCACCAAAUCGUCAUUAUUGCACUCAUUAUUUUUCAACCGCCCUUAGUUCUUAUAGACCAUGGCCACUUCCAGUACAACUCUGUCAUGCUCGGCUUGUUUCUAUUUUCUGUAUCUGAAUUACUCAAAGAUAAUUUGUUAUUGGCCUCGGUGUGGUUUAUGGCUUCUGUUUUGUUCAAGCAAAUGGCGCUUUAUUACAGCCCUUUCAUUUUCUUCUACAUCUUAUCGAGGCUAUUCAAACCGAGAGACAAGCUUUCCAAGACAUUUGCAACUUUUGACAUUGCAAAGCUUAUGGCUGUUGGUGCCACUGUAGUGGUCUCAGUUAUUACUAUUCUCGUUCCUUUUUUUAUUGCAGCUAGUGACACGACUGACCUUGAAAGAAUGAUGAAGCAGAUACUUAUUAGGAUGUUUCCAUUUGAGCGUGGCCUUUUUGAGGACAAAGUGGCUAAUUUUUGGUGCGUGACAAAUAUCUUCUUAAAGUAUAGGGAAAAAUUUACUCCCGAGCAACUCAAAGGUAUUUCGCUUUGUUUGACUGUGAUAUCAAUUCUUCCCCCGUGUCUCAUCGCUUUUUGGAAGAAUAUCAAGAACAAACAAAAUCAUCCGUCGAUGAUAGUAUAUGGUUUUAGUGCAACUGCGUGGGGCUUUUACUUGUUCUCGUUUCAGGUACAUGAAAAGACCGUCUUGGUUCCAUUAAUUCCGUCAUGCUUCUUAUUGCUUCUGACAGAUGCAGAUGUUGUUGGAGUGAUACAGUGGAUUAAUAACAUUGCAAGCUUCAGCUUAUUCCCGCUUCUUAAAAAAGAUGGGUUGGUGUUGCAAUAUGUUACGCUUACUUUAUUGAUCAAUUGGUUUGUGGGUGGUUUCAGUUCUCCAAGCUCCAGCUUGGUGUGGCCCAAAAAACUGCCUAUGAUAGUCAAACUAGUUAUAACCGGAUCAUACUUGAGCGCUUUUGUCUAUCAUGCUCUAGACUACGCUUUCGAUCCACCAGCGAGAUUCCCUGACAUAUGGGUGAUCCUAAAUUGUGUGAUCUCGUUUGGAUGCUUUGGUUUCUUCUAUUUGUGGUUGCUAUGCAGAAUGGUCAAGUUAAAAGGUUAG